AUCCUUCGCCUUUGGGUGGCCCGUCCCAGCUCGUUCCAAGACCUGCCCAGUGCAAGCUGACAUCUGGGGAUAUGCUACGUUCUCGAUAUAGGUGUCGGAUAAUACGUAUGAGGAGAUGUGCCUGAUUGCUGAGGAUUUCUUGGUGACCUUUGGUGGCUUAGAGCGAUCUACGUGAUUUACCUAACGACCGGAUAGCCUCGUUGAUGCCAUCUCGUCUCUUCCUGUCACUUGCAAUAUCGGCAGCAGGCGUAAGGUACCUCCACAGGAAGCAAUGACUUUCCGUGGAGUCUCGCCACCCUGCCACCUGCGCAGGACACUGCCUGCAUACUUAAGCCAUGCAUGAUCAAUCUCUGCUCCUCAAUUCAUGCCGGUCAUGCCGCGGACGAUUCCUCCGCCCAUCGUCGUCAGCUCUCCUCCUGAGGAUUCUGGAAUCCCCGACCCCAGCCCCGUUCUUUCCCCCGAGCUCCGCGACUCGCUCAAGAGACGGACAGAAGACACGCUCCUUCACAUUAUCGAAAAGAACCGCUACACACAAUGGGCUAGCAAGUCUCCAGAGUUGCAGAGCUUCCGCGAGGCGUUGGAGCACCAAGGCUCCCGCGCUGAAUCACCAACCACUCCUACCCCCACUCCUACCCCUAAUACUACCCCUACCGUGGACGUCGUCGAAUUCGACCGCGAGAUGCUCCUGGAGAACUAUCGCGACCACAUUCCUUUGACGACGUACCCCGCCUACGAGCCGUUCGUCUCCAAGCUCAUGGACCCGGAGGUCACCGAAGACGAAGUCAAGGACCUGCUCUCGCCCGGCCUGCCUUUCUUCGUCGCCUGCUCCAGCGCGACGUCAGGCAAGGUCCCCAAGUAUUUCCCCAAGUACAUUCAUCCGGCUGGGCAGGCGUACGAGUCCGUCGACAACAAUGCAAACCCGAUGUCGGAUCGCGGCGGCAAGAACCUUGUCGUUUACUCGCUCACCUACCGCCGCCUCAUCGAAGUCACUGGUGAAGGCGGCAAGGUCGCUAAGAAAAUCCCUGUCACGUUGAUGUCCUCCGGCUCAGUGCGGAUGCAGCAUAAGAUUCCCGUCGAGGCAGAUGAGUGGGCUAAAACUAUGACCGCUCCGCGAGCCACUUCCCCCAUCGCCGUCAGCUUCAUCGAUAACUACCGCACUUACUUGCUCAUACACGGCUUCUUCGCUCUCGGUGACGUCAUGCUCGAGAACGUGAAUACGCUCUUCGGAACCGUUUUCCUCGACAUGAUACGAUAUAUUGAGGAAGAGUGGGAUCAUCUUCUCGACUGCCUUGAGCACGGGAAACUCCCCAACUUUGAAGGGUUGGAAGAGGUCAGGAAAUACCUAGAGCCCAAGGUCGUUGCCAAGCCAGAGCGUGCUGCGGAGCUCCGCGAGCUUGGCAUCGAUACCUCGACCCCGGGUUGGUGCGUGCGCGUCUGGCCGAACCUCCGAGUCGUCGUGGGUAUCUGUAGCGGCGUGUUCGCUGCCGUGAUUCCUAAGAUUCGCCACUAUGUUGGCCCAGAUGUCUCGAUGCGCAGCUUGGGCUUCACUGCGAGCGAGACGUAUGUCGGGAUGGUGUAUAAGCCCGAAGAUCUGAAUUUGUACAAGACGUCCUUCGACGACAUCAUCGAGUAUCUCGACAUCUCAGCCGAGGAACAGGCAACGAGUCUGGUUUCUUGUUGGGAUAUCCAAACGGGCUCGAAGUACGAGAUCGUUGUCACUACCCGUGAUGGAAUGUGGCGUUACCGCCUUGGUGACAUCGUCGAAGUCGCCGGGUUCGAUCCCAUGGACGGUGCUCCUAUCCUGCGCUAUAUCGAGCGCCGAAACGUUGUUCUCCGUUUCUACCACGCAAACAUCAGCGAGCGCGAGCUCGCCAGCGCCAUUUUUGCCGCUCAGGAGAUACUCGGACCUGUCGUCGAGUUCACCGUCAUGCUCGACCGCCGCACGAUGCCUGUCGGCUUUGGCUUCAUCGUCGAGCUGCAAGGCGGCCCCAAUGGCGAGCUCAGCCUGCUCAAGGAGGACGAGGCGCACCGCGCGCCGGGCCUCGUGCACGCGAGCCUCUGCGCGGCGAACGAGAACUACGAGAACGAGUGCAGGAUCGGGCACAUUGGGCACCCGACGAUCCGGAUCGUUGCGCCGGGCACGUUCCGCGAGUACAGGAAGAACAAGAUCGAGGCGAUGAAGGGCGGCGCGGGGCAGGCAAAGGUGCCGGUCGUCAUGCUGGACCAGGAGAUGCAGGACUGGGUCCUCGAGCGUGUCGUGCGCGAGGUCCAUCGUCCGGCCCCAGAGCCAGUCACUGUCGGCGUCGCGCGUAUCGAGGAGGUCAUCAGUUCGGCGGAGACGUCGGAGGCGGAAGACUCGGACGCGGGAAGCACUGCUGAGACGGCUUCCGAGCACGAGGGUGCACACGAACACGGAAAAGCUAGGGCUGUCAUAUCCCGUAGUCAGCCGUCGAAGAGCUGGACGUCUGGGUGGGGUUUCUCGCCUUUGAUGGCAGGUUCGGUGUUUGGAGGAUUGUAUGUCGGAAUGAGGUUGGUUAGGUCCCUGUUUGCCGUCUAGGAGGCCUGUCGCAGAUGGUGCAUCUAGGAAAAUUAGACUGCCCGCACACCGCGGUGGGCACACAGACACGUGGGGGUAUUUAUGCACGGGCCUCCUGUGAUGUAUCAGUAUAUGUAUCAGUACUGUAGAUGACUUUGCUUCGGAGUGUCAUGUAGAUAGGGGCCUUUUGGUUGUUUCGUACUUUAUAUCCUCACCUCUUCCGUCUCGAUCUUUCUUUCGCUGUAUGGCUACUGGCCUAGUCUAGACCUGAUGCCGUCUAAUAAUAUUUAUGUAGAUACCAUUGAUUCAGU